AUGUCACUAGAGGAACAUUCAACCAUUCCACCACCACCACCUUCUUUUGUCCCACCACCUCCAUCCAUGAUGCACAUUGGAGGAGCAACUCACAACCUAGCAAAAGACAACCAUUCAUUUCGCUUCAGCGAAAAUCCUACUGCUGGAGUGUUCUUUGUGGAGACACAACUUGAGGGACAUGUUGUUGUAAAAGCAAUUGCGACCAUCGCUCAAGAAUUAUUCGGAAGUAAAAUUGCAUCCUUUCUUGAGUUGAAAACUCCACAAAUUCAAUUAAUUGAAUAUAAGGCUGAUUUUAAGAAUCCCAUAAAAACCUAUUGGUCAAAAUGUAAAAAGUAUUUGAAAGAGUUUGCCACAAAGCAUGAACUAUUUGUGAAAGAGAGGAAACUAAACAAGGAAUUGUAUAGAGCUUUCUUUCUAUUGAUUGAACUUGUGGAAGGAGCAUAUUCUUUGGAAGAUUUAAUGAACCAUGAAGAACUGGCACGAGAAAUUUUGACAAAUCCUGUUGUUUUGAAUGAUAUUGGUCGGAUGGUUGUCAUGGAUAUCAUCAUUAAUAACUGUGAUCGAUUUCCACUUGAUUUGAUUUGGGAACAUGAAGGAAAUUCAUCGAAUGUUCUCUUCUCUAUCAUCAACACCAACAAUAAGGGCUCUUCUCGAGUCGCUUGUAUUGAUCAGCCAUACAUGGCCGUCAUUGAUGAUAAGCAAAAGAAGGAAUAUUUGACCAAGAUUGAAAAGUUUGCUGAAGCAUGCUGCUCAUCAUCACCACGGUCCGACAUGCAUGAAAAUCCAUACCUCACUCAAAUAUGGAAAUACAUUUCAGAUGUUACUGGCGUGAAUUUAGAUGAAAGUAGUACAAGUGGUGGUGAUCAUGAUGAUAAUAAGAGAUGCAAUAAAGAAAUCCUUCAAGGAAUAAUGGAUGCCGUCCAGUUUUUGAAAGGCUUGAACAGAACAAAACUUGAAGAAUUCAAAACACAGGUGGAGAGGAUGAAAACAGGCAGUGAUUGUGAUGGCGUGUAUUUCCAAUCCGUGCUCACGAUUGAUGUGGAUUUCCUUGAAGAGGCUAUUGAGAGGAUGACUUUCGAAUUGAGAUAA